AUGAAGUUAAUCAAAAUAUCAAAUUUGAAGCGCUUCUUCUCCGACUUUACACUUGGCUUCUCUGAUGGACUAACAGUCCCAUUUGCCCUCACAGCAGGGCUAAGCUCUCUCGGCAAAGCAGACACUGUCAUAACAGGUGGAUUGGCAGAAUUAUGUGCCGGCAGUAUUAGCAUGGGAAUUGGGGGAUAUCUCGCUGCACGUGAUGAAUAUUUCCCUUGUCGAUCAACUCUUCUAGAUGAAGAGAGCCCGAGGGAUCAUGGUGGCACCGACGAAGCAAGUGAGACUGAUUGUAUGGUCGAGCAGUCGGAGAAGAUGCAAGCAAGAUUGGAUGAUCUCGUCAGGCGUCAUCUCGAGCCACUGGAUCUGUCUGUUUCAACAAUCACUACGGUUCUUGAUAGCAUCCAACGAGAGCCAAAGAACUUACGACAUACCAUAUCAAAGCUCGAAUCAUACACGGACAACACAUCACUUCACACCAUUUCACUCACGCCUUCACCUAUUAUCUCCGGCUUAACUAUAUCCCUUGGCUACGCAGUUGGAGGCAUUAUCCCUCUUCUGCCGUACUUCUUUGCCAGUACUGUGGGUAUGGGACUACGAUUAAGUAGCAUUCUGUGCUUGAUGGUGUUGUUCACCUUUGGAGCCGGUAAAAGAUGGAUUCUCAGCUCAGACAGAGAAAAAAUCAUCUCGUGUCUCGUCGAAGGGCUGCAGAUGUUAGUGCUGGGGGCUAUGGCUGCUGGUGCAGCAGUUUUAUGUGUUACUUGGGUUGCUGAUAGAUAG